UUCUUGCAGCAGCAGAGGAUUCUUUGUGGCUGGCAGCAGAAACUGCAGCAGUAUCUUUGCAGUUUCCUUUCAUCUUUGAUUAUGUUCUAAGGAUCUCUGAAUAUAGGAGCUCUUUCCAUAACCCCUUGGAAUAUCUUUUCAUCUCUGUGGUGGAGUACAGCACAUGCUGAAAGCCUCCUAUCUUCUACAGCUGAGGUAUCCUUUGCUUUUCAUCGCCCUCUGAUUUUUUGUCUUCAGCGGCUGGAUUUUUGGCAGUGUUUGGCUUAAGCAAAUAGGAUUACAUUUCAGUAGCUGAUGGUUUCUAGUCAAGGAACAUACUAAAUGUGGGACAUAAUGAGGAUUGUACAAAGAAAUAUUUCUGCAAAGCACAGGAAAAUUACUCGAGUCGAGCAACGGAAGAAGACAUUCUGCAAAUGCGAUCAGGGCUGCUAGAAAUGCAAAAUUCAACAGAUUGGGAAUGGGUUGCACGACAAGUGUGAUUUUGUUUAAAGGCAUUCGUACAGUUUUUGAGAGAAACUGUGGUUAUAUAUGCAAACAGCAAGGGGAAAACAAUGCCCUUGAAUACACAGCAUUCAGCUUGCCAGAUGAAGAUUCAGAAAUAUUGAUUCAUUCAUUCCUGGCAAAACCGAAGCUCAUAGAACCAAUAGACUAUGAAAAUGUCAUAGUUCAGAGGAAAACACAGAUUUUGAAUGAUCCUCUACGUGAGAUGCUACUGUUCCCUUAUGAUGACUUUCAGACAGCAUUAUUGCAGCGGCAGAGUCGAUACAUUCGUUCAACAGUUCCUGAAAAUGCAGAGAAGGAAGCUCAGAGCCUGUUUGUAACUGAGUGCAUCAAAACCUACAAUUCAGACUGGCAUAUUGUUAACUACAGAUAUGAAGAUUACUCAGGAGAGUUUCGGCAGCUUCCAAAUAAGGGGACAAAGCCAGACAAGCUUCCCGUUCAUUUAUAUGAAGUGGAUGAAGAAGCAGACAAAGAUGAGGAUGCAGCAUCUCUUGGGUCUCAGAAGGGUGGAAUAACAAAACAAGGAUGGCUGUACAAAGGCAACAUGAAUAGUGCAAUCAGUGUGACAAUGAGAUCAUUUAAAAGAAGAUUUUUCCACUUAAGCCAGCUUGGUGAUGGAUCCUAUAAUCUAAAUUUCUACAAAGAUGAAAAAAUAUCAAAAGAACCUAAAGGAUCAAUAUUUCUAGAUUCAUGCAUGGGAGUGGUUCAGAACAAUAAAGUCAGACGUUUCGCAUUUGAGCUCAAGAUGCAAGACAAGAGUAGUUACCUUUUAGCUGCAGACAGUGAACUUGAAAUGGAAGAGUGGAUAAACACUCUGAACAAAAUCCUUCAGCUUAACUUUGAGGCUGCAAUGCAAGAAAAAAGAAAUGGCGAGUCCCACGAAGAUGAUGAACAAAGCAAACUGGAAAGCUCAUCAAGUAGUUUUGAUAACUACUAUCCUGAAAUUGCCAAGAGUACCAGAGAAGCAGAAAUCAAGCUGAAAACUGAAAGCAGAGUUAAACUUUUUGCCUUGGAUCCAGAUGCACAGAAACUUGACUUUUCUAGUAUUGAACCAGAAGUGAAGCCAUUUGAAGAGAAAUUUGGAAAAAAAAUUCUUGUAAGGUGUAAUGAUUUAUCUUUUAAUUUGCAAAGCUGCAUCGCAGAAAAUGAAGAAGGACCAACAACAAAUGUAGAACCUUUCUUUGUCACAUUGUCACUAUUUGAUAUUAAAAACAACAGGAAGAUUUCAGCAGAUUUCCAUGUUGAUUUGAACCACGCCUCAGUAAGGCACAUGCUGUCCAGUGCAUCUCAACAAAUGAUGAAUGGCAGUGGUGAUAGUUUACACAGAAUUCAGGACAUUCAUGAAACUGUGUUGCAAUAUCCAAAGCAGGGAAUAUUCUCAGUCACAUGUCCUCAUACUGACAUUUUCCUUGUGGCUAGAAUAGAAAAGGUAUUACAGGGAAGUAUUACACAUUGUGCUGAACCAUAUAUGAAAAGUUCAGAUUCAUCAAAGGUUGCACAGAAAGUUUUGAAGAAUGCUAAGCAGGCAUGCCAGAGAUUAGGUCAAUAUAGAAUGCCUUUUGCCUGGGCAGCUCGGACAUUGUUUAAAGAUGCCUCAGGAACCCUGGACAAAAAUGCAAGAUUUUCUGCUCUCUUCAGACAAGACAGUAAUAAGCUCUCAAAUGAAGACAUGUUGAAAUUGUUAGCAGAUUUCAGGAAACCUGAAAAGAUGGCCAAACUUCCUGUUAUUUUAGGAAAUCUGGAUGUUACAAUUGACAAUGUGUCACCAGAUUUUCCAAAUUAUGUUAACUCAUCAUACAUUCCCAUGAAACAGUUUGAAAACAGUAUCAAGACACUAGCAGCAUUUGAAAUAGAGGAGUUUGUUCCCUGUAUACCAAAAUGCACUCAGCCUUUUACCAUCUACAACAAUCAUCUUUAUGUUUAUCCAAAGCACUUAAAAUAUGACAGUCAAAAGACUUUUGCAAAGGCUAGAAAUAUUGCAGUGUGCAUUGAGUUCAAGGAUUCUGAUGAGGAGGAUUCUUUGCCUUUGAAGUGUAUCUAUGGUAGGCCUGGUGGACCAGUAUUUACUAGAAGUGCAUUUGCUGCUGUUCUGCAUCACCAUCAAAACCCAGAGUUUUAUGAUGAGAUUAAAAUAGAAUUGCCCACUCAGUUACAUGAAAAGCACCAUUUGUUGUUCACCUUCUACCAUGUCAGCUGUGAUAAUUCAAGCAAAGGGAGUACAAAGAAGAAAGAUGUUGUUGAAACUCAAGUUGGGUAUUCUUGGCUUCCUCUGAUAAAAGAUGGAAGAGUGGUCACCAAUGAGCAACAAAUCCCAGUGUCAGCAAAUCUUCCAUCAGGCUAUCUUAGUUAUCAAGAAGUGGGUGUUGGAAAGCAUUCCGGUCCUGAAAUUAAAUGGGUAGAUGGAGGCAAACAACUGUUAAAAAUAUCCACUCAUCUGGUGUCAACUGUGUAUACACAGGACCAGCACUUGCAUAAUUUUUUUCAGUACUGUCAGAAAACAGAGUCCGGAGCUCGUGCACUGGGAACUGAUCUUGUAAAAUAUCUUAAGAGCCUUCAUGCUAUGGAAGGCCAUGUGAUGAUAGCUUUCCUGCCAACUGUUCUAAACCAGUUGUUCAGAGUUCUCACUAGAGCAACUCAAGAGGAAGUUGCAGUCAACGUGACAAGGGUUAUUAUCCAUAUUGUUGCUCAGUGUCAUGAAGAAGGCUUGGAUAGCUACCUGAGAUCCUAUGUCAAGUAUGCAUAUAAAGCAGAACCCUAUGUUGCUUCUGAAUAUAAGACAGUACAUGAAGAGUUGACAAAAUCAAUGACAACAAUUUUAAAGCCAUCUGCUGACUUUCUUACAAGUAACAAGCUGCUUAAGUAUUCAUGGUUUUUCUUUGAAGUUCUGAUAAAAUCAAUGGCUCAACAUUUGAUAGAAAACUCUAAAGUGAAGCUGUUAAGAAACCAGAGAUUCUCUGCCUCCUUUCAUCAUGCAGUGGAAACGGUUGUUAAUAUGCUAAUGCCACACAUCACUCAGAAGUACAGAGACAAUCCAGAGGCUUCAAAAAAUGCAAACCAUAGCCUUGCUGCCUUUAUAAAAAGGUGCUUCACUUUUAUGGAUAGAGGCUUUGUUUUCAAGCAAAUCAAUAACUACAUCAGCUGCUUUGCCCCAGGAGAUCCAAAGACUCUUUUUGAAUUCAAAUUUGAAUUUCUUCGUGUAGUCUGCAAUCAUGAGCACUACAUACCUUUGAAUCUACCAAUGCCGUUUGGAAAAGGCAGAGUUCAGAGAUACCAAGACCUUCACCUGGACUAUUCAUUAACUGAUGAAUUCUGUAAAAAUCACUUCUUGGUUGGACUGCUUCUAAGGGAGGUGGGCAAUGCCUUACAAGAGUUCAGAGAUGUGCGGCAGAUUGCCAUUAGUGUGCUCAAGAAUUUGAUGAUAAAGCAUUCUUUUGAUGAUAGAUACGCUACCAGGGGCCAUCAAGCAAGAAUAGCCACUAUGUAUUUGCCACUCUUUGGUCUGCUCAUAGAAAAUGUUCAGCGGAUCAAUGUGAAAGAUGUGUCUCCAUUUCCUGUUAACCCUUCCAGCAAUAGUACAAAGGAUGAUGCACAGAUUUUGCCAACUGCAAGUCAGUUAGUAACACCACAAAAAUCAGGAAAUACACUGGAUAACAAUCUUCCUAAAGAUCUAUUUGGUGUUAUCUCUGGCAUUGCUUCUCCAUACACCACAUCAACUCCAAAUAUUAACAGUGUGAGGAGUGCUGACUCAAGAGGCUCUCUUAUAAGUACAGACUCAGGAAACAGUCUCCCAGAAAGACACAGUGACAAGAGCAAUUCCCUUGACAAGCUGUUACAAAUUGGGAGCUCUGCCUGCAGUAGCUAUGAGAGAGAGAAGCUUCUCAGAAGGCACUCUGCUCAUGCUUUGCGCCCAAAUGGAGAAGAAGAAGAAAAUUCUCACCCUCCAAAGAAAAACCGUGUUACUAUGGAUUUUUCACUUCUGACAAUCCCAGCUUUGCCAGAGAAAAUUUUGCAUACUACUUUCUCUCUUCAGUUACAAGAAAACCAACAGAGCAGCACUUUAGGAAGUUCUGUUGUUCGAUAUGACAAACUUGACCAAGCGGAGAUCAAAAGUCUGCUCAUGUGUUUCCUUCAUAUUUUAAGAAGCAUGUCAGAUGAUGCAUUGUUUACAUAUUGGAACAAGGCUACAAAAUCUGAACUCAUGGACUUUUUCACUAUUACAGAGGUGUGCUUACAUCAGUUCCAGUACAUGGGAAAACGAUACAUAGCCAGGAACCAGGAGGGGUUAGGAUCCAUAGUUCAUGAUCGAAAAUCUCAGACAUUGCCUGUUUCCCGUAACAGAACAGGAAUGAUGCAUGCCAGAUUGCAGCAGCUGAGCAGCCUGGAUAACUCUCUCACUUUUAACCACAGCUAUGGCCAUUCAGAUGCAGAUGUCCUUCACCAGUCUUUACUUGAAGCAAAUACUGCCACCGAAGUUUGCAUUACAAUUCUGGACACUCUAUCAUUAUUCACAAUGGCUUUUAAGAAUCAGCUACUGACUGAUCACGGACAUAAUCCACUGAUGAAGAAAGUAUUUGAUGUAUACCUCUGCUUCCUGCAAAAGAAUCAGUCUGAAACAGCACUGAAAAAUGUAUUCAGUGCUUUAAGGGCACUUAUUUACAAGUUUCCUUCUACAUUUUAUGAAGGUAGAGCUGAUAUGUGUUCUGCACUGUGCUAUGAAAUUCUGAAGUACUGUAAUUCCAAACUGAGUUCAAUUCGUAAUGAAGCUUCACAGUUACUGUACUUUUUAAUGAGAAAUAAUUUUGACUACACAGGGAAGAAGUCUUUUGUCCGAACACAUCUGCAAGUUAUUAUUUCAGUCAGCCAGUUAAUUGCUGAUGUGGUUGGAAUUGGAGGAACCAGAUUUCAGCAGUCUCUUUCCAUCAUCAAUAAUUGUGCCAAUAACGACAGAAUUAUAAAGCACACUACAUUUCCUUCUGAUGUUAAGGAUUUAACCAAACGGAUUCGCACAGUACUGAUGGCUACAGCUCAGAUGAAGGAGCAUGAGAAUGAUCCAGAAAUGCUUGUAGACCUCCAGUACAGUUUGGCAAAGUCUUAUGCGAGUACACCUGAACUGAGGAAGACAUGGUUAGACAGCAUGGCAAGGAUCCAUGUUAAAAAUGGAGAUCUUUCAGAGGCAGCAAUGUGCUAUGUCCAUGUUGCAGCACUGGUUGCAGAAUAUCUCACACGAAAAGGGAUGUUUAGGCAAGGUUGUACUGCUUUCAGAGUAAUCACACCGAAUAUAGAUGAAGAGGCUUCAAUGAUGGAGGAUGUUGGAAUGCAAGAUGUUCACUUCAAUGAAGAUGUGCUGAUGGAAUUGCUGGAGCAGUGUGCUGAUGGACUCUGGAAGGCAGAACGCUAUGAACUCAUUGCUGACAUAUAUAAACUUAUAAUUCCCAUUUAUGAAAAACGGAGGGACUUUGAGAGGCUUGCUCACUUGUAUGACACCCUUCAUCGAGCAUACAGUAAAGUUACAGAAGUUAUGCAUACAGGCAAGAGGCUGCUGGGAACUUAUUUCAGGGUAGCAUUCUUUGGACAAGCAGCGCAAUACCAGUUUACAGACAGUGAAACAGAUGUUGAGGGUUUCUUUGAGGAUGAAGAUGGAAAAGAAUACAUCUACAAAGAGCCUAAACUCACGCCUCUUUCAGAAAUUUCCCAAAGACUCCAAAAACUCUACUCUGACAAAUUUGGAGCUGAAAAUGUCAAAAUGAUUCAAGAUUCUGGCAAAGUAAAUCCUAAGGAUUUAGAUUCAAAAUAUGCAUAUAUUCAAGUUACACAUGUAAUUCCAUACUUUGAAGAAAAAGAAUUGCAGGAGAGAAAAACAGAUUUUGAAAGGACUCAUAACAUUCGUCGCUUUAUGUUUGAGAUGCCUUUCACUCAAGGUGGUAAGAGACAAGGAGGAGUAGAAGAACAGUGUAAGCGACGGACUAUUUUGACAGCUAUACAUUGUUUCCCAUAUGUGAAAAAGCGCAUUCCAGUGAUGUACCAGCACCACACUGAUUUAAACCCAAUUGAAGUAGCCAUUGAUGAAAUGAGUAAAAAAGUUGCAGAGCUUAGGCAGCUUUGCUCUUCAGCUGAAGUAGAUAUGAUCAAAUUGCAGCUAAAGCUACAGGGAAGUGUCAGUGUUCAGGUUAAUGCUGGUCCAUUAGCAUAUGCAAGAGCUUUCUUAGAUGACACUAACACCAAAAGAUAUCCAGACAAUAAAGUAAAGCUACUAAAGGAGGUUUUUAGGCAAUUUGUUGAAGCCUGUGGGCAUGCUCUGGGUAUAAAUGAACGACUGAUAAAGGAAGAUCAGUUGGAAUAUCAAGAAGAAAUGAAGGCCAACUACAGAGAAAUGGCAAAAGAGCUUUCUGAAAUAAUGCAUGAACAAAUGGGAUGAUUACUCCGGUGGAAGAAAAGGCCAGUGUCAUGCCCAACUCGCUACACAUUUUCAACGCCAUAAGUGGAACGCCGACAAGCACAACAGUUCAUGGGAUGCCCAGUUCUUCUUCAGUUGCAUGAUUGUUUUGUAAAGGGAAGUAUGUUUGUUUCUUUUAAAGUUUGUGGAUUUGCUUCAUUGUGUGCAAACUCAGGAUGACCUUGAAGCUAAAUGUUGGGCACGUGCAAACUGCGUAGUUCAUGCGAAUGUCUGAGCACACUUAGCAAGUAGCAGUUACUGGUAAUAAUAGUCUUUUAGAGUAAGGGAGGCACACAUAUAUAUUUUUUAACCUUGCUGGUAAAAUUUAAAGGUGUUCACAAUGUCAUUGCAGAAGUGCGUGUUGGAAAAUUAUAAAGUUGAAGUUAGCUUCUGUUUUUCAUUAGAAAGUAUUAUUAAAAUGAAUUGCACAUUACAAAAAAAGUGUCGUGGGAUGUAAUUUUGCAGAUAUGUAACAUUCAGGUGUUCUUUUUGUGUAUGGCACAUAGAGAUUCCAAGUACAAGAACUAUUUUGGGGCUAGACAGAGACACUAGUUUUUGGGGUUUAAUGGAACUGACAAUAGUAGUUUUUGUACCAUUUGGCAAAUUGUUGUGCUUUAUUUUAUACCUUGUUGCAUUUUGGAGGUAUGCGAGCUUAGAUCUUACUAAACAACUAAAUACAACCAAAGGUCUGUAUUAAUGAACACUGAGUUACACUAAAAUAUCAAUAGUAGUAAAUUGUUAUGUACAUAUUGUUUGUUAAUACAGUCCAUACAGUCUGUACAUAAAUGUAUUACAUUUCUAAGCAUUUUUUUAAUAUUCAUACCAGCUCUUAUCAUUCUGCUUUCAGUUUAUUUUGAAAAUUUGCUCAUUCCAAGUAUAUGCAGACUUUACAGUUCAUUUAUCCCUGUAUAUAAAUAAGUGCAAUAUAAAGAUGUAUACAGUCUUUGCUAUGUUAGGUUUAUAUGCAGUUAUUAAAAGAAAAACCUUUUUUGCCAAAGCAAUGGAGUAUGUAAUUGGUAGUCAUGGUUACUGUGGUAAAUGGUGGUAUAAUUUAAAGCUUUUUCCAUAUUCUUAUUCUUUUAAGACAUUAAUUUAGUAAUUUUAUAUUUGGGGGAAAUAAAGGUUUUUAAUUUUAUUUAACUGGAAGCACUGUCCUGCUGUAAUUAAACAUUCUGUACUACAUCUAUAUUAAAAGGAAAAAGGUAGUUACUUUUC